UUUAUAAAGCUGUUUUCAUUAAAUAUAUUUUAUUAACAACUAACAUUAUAAGAACACAAUACAAAAUAUAAUGAUUGCAAUUAAAUUAUUAAAUCUAUUUAUAUGUUUCGUGAUCGGUCACACAUCUGACGACUGGCCACAUCACGACAUCUCAACACUAAAACUGUUGCAAAUAGUGCACAGGCAUGGAGACCGUGCGCCUACCGGUUUCCCGCAUAACGACCCCUAUCAGGACCCCAAGUAUUGGGUGGAGGGUAUCGGAGAACUGACCACAAAAGGCAAGUAUCGGAUGUAUAAGUUGGGAGAAUUCGUACGACAAGAAUACAACACCUAUUUGGGCGACAAAUACUCGCCCCGA